AUGCGGGCCCUUCAAGGGCCUACUCGCCAAUUACUAGCUUUCAGAAUUUUUUGCAGAUUUUCGGAGCCUGGAAUUGAGAACUCCAAUGAGCCAGGGAACCAUCAUCAGGCUGAACGUCGCAACUGCACGUUGCAUUGGAGCCCAUCUCCCGAUCGCCGAUUCUUGCGAGCACGGGUACAGCGUCAUAGCACCGCAAUCAUGGGUGGAAACGAACCAGUUGGUGAAGCGAAAAUGCAAGUUACUCGAGAAGAGAUGAUGGAGGCGCGAAUCCCGAAUCACUGGAGAGACUUUUGCGCUCACAAGCUUAUCCCGUUGAACAAAUGUCGCCGAAAGAACUUUUUCCUUCCAUUCCGCUGUGAAGAAGAACGCCACGAAUACGAAAAAUGCCAGCAUGAUCAAUAUAUGCGACGUGUUGCCGAGAUGAAGGCUAUUCUGAAAGAACAAAAGAAGGCAGCUAGAGAGGCCGCUGAUGCUGCAGAAGAGGCCGCUGCUAUCGCUGCUGCUGAAGCCAGAGCACAGUAGGGCGCAUGGGGACAAACGUCUCGACGUCCGAACUGCGCAGCAUGCUUUUGACUUGAAGGAACAGUGUCUUUGUAUUUGUUUCCUCUGGCGUGAUUGCCUGGAUGCGUCUGCUUGGAGCCGCGCGAAUGCGAUAUGUCUGGUUUUCCCCAGCCUGAGCUGUAAAGAUUUUUUCCGUUCCUUCCUGAAGGCUUCUGCGUGAUUUUCACCAGUCUUAAGCAAAUUUUUGCUACUUUUUUCUUAACUGGAUUCCUUCAUACCAUUCCUCGUGUGUGAUAUGCGCUGGCGUUUUAAGUGAAGAAGAAGCACCCUCAAGCACAUUCCUAAAGGAGUAGAGCACAAUCAAUCCCACAGAGAGCAGCCACUGCCCCUACUUAUAAGCCCAGUGGCAAUCAUGGAGGAAAAAAAACAUGUAAAAAAAAUACGGGCCCACCAAACUGGGGUUUUUGGUGGGUUUGCCUCUCUUGCA